UCGGAGCAUGUUGAAUGUCAGUUGCCAGAAGCAGAAGCACUGCAGUUCACUUCCCAUCAACUCUCCUACCGAGAGCCCCAUGGAGUUUGUGGGACAACCGGGACCUUCUGGGGCCUGUAGCCUUCUCGGAGUGCCACAGCUCGGCUGCUGGGACGGGGACGAAGAUGAUUGUGAGGUGUUGAUCGGCAUCAGGCCCAAAUCUUCUCCUCUCCCAAGGAGAAGGAGCUCUGUCGAGGAGGAGGAAGAGGACGACGAGCCCGAGCCACCAUUGUCCCGCUCCAGGAGAGUGUCCUUUGCAGACGUUAAGGGCCUCAGUUUAGUGCAAGUGAAGAAGUUUGACACUUGGGAUGUGCCCAAGCUGCCAGAAUGUGACUCCUCUGUGGGGAAUGGGAAAGAUGCAGAGGAAUACUUCUUAUCUCAUUCAACUUUCUCUCUCCCGUUGUCUACUGAGGAGCUGUUUCUGAAAGUCCAGACACAGAAAGUUGAGUUGGAGAACAUCGAGUUACUUCCAGGGACCACAAUACUGAGAGGAGUGAUCCGUGUCCUCAACAUCUCCUACAAUAAGGCGGUGUAUGUCCGAACCUCUUUGGACUCUUGGUCGAGCCACUUUGACCUCCUGGCAGAGUACAUGCCCGGGUCCAGUGACAGUCUGAUGGACCUUUUCUCGUUCAGGCUCACCCUGGUGCCUCCGUUUGGGGAGCAGGGAGCCAGAGUGGACUUUUGUCUGCGAUAUGAAACUCCGGUGGGGACUUUCUGGGCCAACAAUAACGACAGGAACUACGUGCUGUCCUGCCACCAGAGAAUGAAGGAGAGGAAAGAGACACAGCAGAAGGAAAAUGUGAAGAAAAGCUGCCUAAAGACUGUCAGUCAGAACUUCCCCACUGUGGAAAACAUUUCUGCAACCGAGGCUCCGUCUCAGGAAAACAAUUCAACAGAUGGGUCAAAACAUCCUGAGGAAGCGGCCACUAUUAAAGCCAAGCAAAUCUCUACAGGCGAGUCAGGAACAUCCGAGGGAAAUAAGCAGAAAUUAGUGACCCAGAGCAAACCGGCCUGCAGCCAAAGAAAUCGCAGAAAGGCUGCAAGGAUGGCUCGAGUGAAGGACUACUUUUCUCAGAAAAAUGGAGGAUCGGAUGAUACUGAAAGAGAUGAAUCACCUCCAGAAGCAAAACAACCAGCCCAAGAAGAGAGCUCAGAAGAAAAGCGUUCAGAUGUGCCAUCAUUUCCCGAGGAGAGCUGUAAAUCAGAAGGUUCUUACUUUGUUUCUGAUUCUCUGGAAACAUGCAGCGCACCUCCCCUUGAUGUUUCAAAUGAUACGUCAACCACACACGACUACACGUCCAACAGUGAGACAGCGAAAUCUGAGAGCGUCUCUGCCACAGAUAUCUCACUCAACCCAUUACAUCUAAAUGAUGAGGCCGCUUUGGCUGAGUGCCGAAAUAUCAACAAGUGCGUCUCAAAAGCUGAGGAAGGCAACUUUGCAGUGAAACCAACUGACAGCAUUAUUUUAGAAGUGAGCAGUGACAGCCUUGUUAGCGAGGCCAACAACUUCACAUUUGGAAAUGUGGUGGCUCCGCUAUAUAAUCAGGUGUUUGGCAGAGUGGGAAGUGAAAGUGAGCAGGGAAAUCCAGUACGGGCUACACUCAAUAUUGGAGACUUAACUCAGAGGAACUCUCACACUGAAGGGAGACAGACUAGCCGUAGAGGGCAUGAUGACAAAGUUCAGGGAGAUGUGAUGAUGAAACAUCAGAAAUCAAAACAAGAAGGGUUAGGUGUCCCUCCAAAAAGUCCUCAAAUUGAAGAGGAAGAAACCUGUUUGAGCGAGACAGUAAACAACAUCAAACACCAUAUAGAAACUCAAGAUGAUGUUAUUCAUUUAGAUCAGAGAUGCACCAUCACAUCGAAGGUUCCAAAAAACAUUGCAGAAGACGUAGUUGUGCAUCCACGCACAUCAAACAUUUCAAUAACAGAAACACAAACGCCCACAGAGAGUCUCCAGAGAGAAGCACAGGAAGUCAAUCUCACCCAGGACCUCGAGGAUCGUAAAUUUACCCAAACUAAAACUACUCUAAGUGAAACACUUCCAGAAAGCGAAAUGCAUAAUAUCAUGGCUAGCCUUGAAACCUCAUUAUUGUCACCUCAUCCUUCUCAGAGUGAAUCAGAGCGUGCGAGCGACGAGGAAGACACACAGACCAGCCCUAUUGGAGAGAAUGACUGUAAGUGUGUAGAGGAGUCAAACAAAGAAGAGGAUGUAGGCAAAACAGUGAUUAUGUCGACACCCAAUGGCAUUUCAGAGGAGAAUAAACUACUAGAUGCUUUACAUGAAUUAUAUCCUAAGCACAUCAAUGUUUGGGCUAAAAAAGAAAGUGUGAAAAUUGUGGAGGAAAAGGAAAACACUCCGACUUCUUAUGACACUGAGGAUUCAAAACACUCAGUUAAAGUUAAGGUCGUAGGUGAGGUGGCUGAGUCAAUGACACAAGCCAGAAUAAGUAAUCACGUGCACAGUGAUGUGUUCAUGGAGCUCAAAGAUGAAGACUCACAAAAAACAGAGCAUCAUGAAAUUGAAAACGCUGUCCCAAAAAAGGGGGAUUUCUGUUUAGAAGACUCAACCGAGGUUAACUGGGAAAUGAUGGUUGAAGAAGAAGAGAAAAGCAUGUUAAUAGACAAAGAAGAGAGUGAGGUAAUACAAUUAAAAACAAUUGAGAAAGACCAAGGGGAGUUGGAGGACACAGGUAGGGAGACAGCAUCAGAAAUCAGAGAUACUAAACAGACAGAAAAAGACAACAAAGAUGACCAAAUGAUGGAGGUCACUACUGCCAAUGUGAAAGAGAACAAGGCUGGGGAUGCAGAUGAUCUAGAGGGCAAUAAUAGGGUAAUAGAGGAGGAAAUUGGGGAUAUUUUGCCUGGAAAACAUAGGGAGGAAGUUGAGGAAGAAUUGGAAUAUGUUCAAGAACCAGCUGAGGAGAUUGAGGGAGAGAAAAAUAACAAACAAGAGGAGAUAGAGUUAGGGAAAGUAAAACACUUUGAGGUGACUAUUAAAAAGAUAAAUAUCCAAAACGAAGAGGAAAUAGAGGAGGAGGAAGAAAUGACAGAUCACGAUGAAGCCUGUGUGGAGUGGGAAGAUGAAGUAAAAUCAAGGAAGGAAAAUAUACAACAGGAGGAUCCAAACUGGGAGGGAGUUCCAGUUCAUGAAACUGGAGAGUCGGACAUCGUGCAUGCAGAGAUUACAGAGGUAAAUGAAGCGGGGGGUUCUGUAGAGAGGUUAGACUUUACACAAAACAAGGAUGAGGAUGGUCUAUCUGCUCUGGUGAACAAUGAGCAAAACAAAAGAGUAACUGACAAAGAAAAUGGACACAUCCCAAAUGAAAUGCAAGAGACAGAUUUCCAAAGCAGUACGAGAGAUGACAAUGAAUCCACAGCUGCAGAGGAAGGCUCCUGCAUUUAUACAGAAGAAGCUGAAAUCGACCAAACAGAGAGCGAUUCAGCAGAGUCCGACUCAGACGACGAGGUGGAGUUAUACAUGCGCUGUCUGAGGGCCGUUCACAGUGGGGCCCAGAACAAAGAUGCGGGUUAUGUGCAGGGCUUACGGUCCUAUGUGAGCAAAGGGAAACUGCUCUCUACACCCAUGCCCUCCAUCAGUGAAUCUCUGGAUGAAGAACAACACCCAGGCCGCCUUCAGGACAGUCAUGAGGAGAUGGCAGACUUCCAACCCACAGCUCUGCCAGCGUCAACUGGACAGGGAAGCCUCAACAGACAUGUGUCAUGGUGGAGAGAGACUUUCUCCUGCAGCAAUGUCUCCAAAACAUUGUUAUACGCCACCUUGUUAGUGGUAUUUUUAGUGGUGGUCCAGCGUUAUGAUUUUCUUGCCUGUUUUGGGCUGUACUUGGCAUCAGUGGUGUGGCUCUUCCGUCAGGGAGAGAGGCAGCCAGGACAACAAAAACAACAUAAGAGGUAAAAUUAUAACUGGCUGUGAACGGGAAUAGGUCUAAAUAGAAGAAAAAGAAAAUAGUUGGUAACGGGCAUUCAUUUAAAGUUAACACGACACAUAUCAGAGUCAUUGCUGUAUAUUCCCUAUGGGAGGAUGCUAACUCUGUCUAGAGUAUGAACACAUUUUCUUCAUGCUUUACUGUACAUAAAACUCAGCAUCAACACAGACAACAGGCAGCGGACCAUUGCUCACACUGACUCGUAUUUUUGAAGUGUAAAUAAAACUGAUCAGUGUGCUGUGUGUGUGUUUACCACCCAUACAUAUUUUUGUUUUUGUAGGGUACAUUUAUUUUGUAUAAGUCUGGAAUGAAUAAAUUGUACUGUAGACAAAAAGUUGUGUUCAAUGGUUUUAAUACUAUUUGUAUUCACAGUGUUAAUGGCACUGUAUGCCUUUGUGUUGUUUAGCAGAGAAAGGGGGGUCGCUCUUUGUUUACUUUUCUGUCUACAAGUACAUAAGAGAUGUACAUUUGAGUAAAUUGGCUAGGGUUAAAGUGAGUAAUGUGGAAGUAGAAGAGCCUCAAGAUAGCAGAUACUCAACAACUCUCCUGGAUCCAUUCAUAGGAUCAACUACAAGUAUCAGUUACUUAGUGUCGUGUAAUCUAUAGUGGUUAAACAUUAG